CAUGCGAACCUCAACGGUCGGGCUGUUUGCUGCCUUCGUCACGACCUGGCUUGUCUCCGCUUCGGCAGUGGAGACGCAGACGAAAGUGCCUGGGCCUGCGCGAGCCGAAGGUGGACUGCUGAGCUGGCCAGAAAACAGGAAGCUGAACGACAUGAGACUGACACUGCCUGGUGACGCCGACCAGAAGCCAACUCGCGGGCAGGCCACGACGUCGCAGGCGCAACAGGCACGGUUCCACGCACCUCUGGAGUCAUCUGGCUUGCGACCGGCGCUGGCAAUCCCAGAGGGUGACGGCAAGCGCUCCUACCUCCUGGUGGGAGGAUCGCUCGUCGGAGUCUUCGUAACGGCGACGGUUGUUGGCAGCGCGCUUCGCCGCCGGUGGAGGAAAAAGAGGAGGUUGUCACCGGGUGCUCGAAGGUUUACUGAAGUGCCUUAGACAUCUGACGUCGCACAAAUAAAAA